UAUAAUUAUGGCCAACGGAUUUAUCGAAAUCAGGGUAACGUUUAUAGUAGUUGUUUGUUAUUGAAUCCCCUUGGAGCCGGCCAUAUGAGGAAUAAUUACCUUUUUCUGAAAUACCUGUCUGUUUAUGCUUCCCUUUGGCUAGAAACCACACCCUGGUGCACUGAGGAGAUUGGUCGUUUUCAAUACGCGCUCAGACGCCACGAGAAGGAUUUUCACCGCGUGAGCAAGGAGUUACAAGCCUGCGGAAUGGACAAGUCUGUGAAGGCUUGUGUUGAGUUCUACUACGUCUGGAAACGCAUGAACACUCGACGUGAAGUUAAUAGUCGUUCCGCGGCACGCAUAGAUGAAGGCCUAACAUUUAAUCUGGCCCAAGUUCCCUUCCACUCACCCCCGUUCCGUAUCUUUAGACCGAAUCACCGUGGGGUUUCGACGACAGUGUAUCCGAGCAAAAUGAACAUGCACCAAACACCCAUCCACCAGCCACUAACUAACAAAAUGGACAGAUGGUUACUUAUACUACUCGCGCUAAGCGAGUAG